AUGGGAGGAGGCGGAGGCGGUGCGCUGAAUAAGCUCUUCCCGGGGUACAAGGACAAAAUCUGGCUGAAAGUUCCUGUGCAGACAAUCAGUCGAGGCACUCUCGUCGAGGGCGCGGAUUUCUACCUCCCAACGGCGCAGGAGCAGCAGCGCCUCGCCCGUCACUUCGAGCCCUACUCGGAGCAGACAAGAAGAAAGAAGAAAGUUCCGCUACCAGAGAUUUCGGUGUAUUUGGCGGUCGCUCUCGGCGCCUCCUUCGUUCACGACUACUUCUACCAGCGGCGACCGGUCGCGUGGUGUCUCGAGAAGGAACCCCCGCACCCGCCGAGCUACCCUUUCUGGUUCAAAUCGCUCUUCCAUUCUCACGACAUUCCCUCUGUCCGACGUGGCUACGAAGUCUACCGCAAGGUGUGCGCGACUUGCCACUCGAUGGAGCAGCUGCACUUCCGUCACCUGGUCGGGGAGGUUCUUCCCGAGAAGCGUGUGAAGCAGAUCGCGGCGGAGUACGACGUGACCGACGGUCCGAACGACCAGGGAGAAAUGUACACGCGUCCUGGAAUCCUCGGAGACGCCUUUCCCUCGCCCUACCCGAACGAAGAAGCUGCGCGGUACGCGAACGGAGGCGCGUAUCCGCCGGAUCUUUCCCUCAUCACCGCCGCCCGCCACUUUGGUCCGGACUACCUGAUGGCUCUGCUCGGCGGGUACCGCGACCCGCCUGAAGGAGUGGAGCUCCGCCCCGGCCUGUACUGGAACGUGUGGUUCCCCGGAAACGCGAUUGCGAUGCCUCCGCCUCUUAUGGACGAAAUGAUCGACUACGAAGACGGCACUCCGUGCAACAUUUCGCAGAUGUCGAAAGACGUCGUCAACUUUCUGACCUGGGCAACGGAGCCGACGGCCGACGAGCGCAAACUGUACGGUUUGAAGUGCGUGAGCGCGAUCGCCAUCGGAACUGUCUUGAUGACUCUGUGGUGGCGGUUCUACUGGGCCAUGUACGCAACCCGGCGCAUCGACUUCGGAAAGCUGAAGUACCUCUAG